AUGGCGUAUUACUUGAAGGAGACAGCUACAUUAGACUGUGCUGAAUUCCUGUUUACAUCUUGGAAAUGCUAUCAGCAGUUUCAAGUGCAGAUUAGACAUAAUCUGAGGUUGGACACUUUUGCUGAACUGCCAGUGUCAUUGGUUCUAUUUUCUCUGAUCUGCAUUGAUAUAGUAGAAAGAAUCCGACAUUGCAGACUUACUGGUCAAGCUAACGAACUGGCUCGGGAUGCAGACAUUGCCACUUCCGUGCUGACACAUGUUGGAAGAAUUACUCCUAUUGUCACUCCAACGACGGGUCCUUUUCCUUCACCAUCUACUGGCAGUGCUGGCACAGAGCAUGGUGCAGGAGCAGCAAACACGAUUGUGCGAGGAUUGCCUGGCAAUACUACUGUUCCAGGCAUACCUGGAAAUGGGACAGUCCUGGGUCUCUCAAGCAACACAACAGUUCCAGGAUUGCCAAACAAUGGGGCAGUUCUGGGCCAUUUUGGCAACACAACAGUUCCAGGUUUGCCCGGGAAUGGUGUUGUUCCAAGAGUCCCAGGCAACCACGGUCAGCAACUUGGCAAUACCGGAAUUUGUCCACAUUCUGGCAUACACUUCCAAAACAUUACCUCUUCAUAUUCUGGACCACUUAGCUUCCUACUGGCUAGCGACACUCGUGCUGAAGUCUUUGCAGACAGUUUCCUGUUCUGGCUGGACACAGUAGAGAUGGUUCGGGUUGCAGGUCACACUCCUGUAUAUUUUUCAGGCUGGGCAUUACCAGUUUACCUUUUCUGCUUCCUUUCCACAAUGCGAUUGGCCCUAACACCUCUCAGUCCCCUCCUCUCACCUCUGGGUGUGGUCUUUCAGGACCUCCCCUUCCUAGUCUUGAGGAUGGCAUUGAUUGGCAUUUUUGGUUUUGUAACACCACUACUUUAUGUGAUGAAGAAUCUGCUGGUCUGUCUGGCCUACAUUUAUUUCAACUUCAUGACAAAACUCAGAGUUUUCAACACUGAGAGGAUGUUCUAAUGGAACUGCUUAGGCAACUAAUACAGGCCUAGCAACACAUAACAGAAUAGCAAUAUGUUUGUUAGUUUGUUUGCAUAGUCCACUAGGCCUGGGCAAAACAUUGGCUCAAUGUUAGUCAAUCUAAUUUUUAUCAAGUAAUUUGCCAGACAGCCAUUUUUUGCUACUUUUCAAAUACAUGUUCUGAAUAAAUAUAGUUUUACCCUUGUACCAGACCUUUAACUAUGAAAACUCAUCAAAUAAAUUUGAAUUAUGUUUGAAAAAAAGUUAAGCUAUAUGAUUCAUACUUAAUCUUUAAUUUGUAAAGUAUUUAACUUUGUAAAAAUUAUUAUUUUCUAAAAAAUAUUGUACUCUCACAAUAUUGGGCAAUAAUUUCCACUACAUUGAACAAUUUGGUAAUGCAGUGAAGAGCACGCAUUAGAUGAGAUGUGAUAUAUGAAGAAAGCAUCUCAGGUUAGGUACCAUGGUUCCCCUUCAAGUAGGGAUGCACAUCUCCAUAAUGAGGCCGAUGCGAUACGCAUCUUGAUGCUUAGCCAACGAUACGAUACAUUAAAUAUACUUAUGAAACAGCUACCGAUGCUAUGCGAUACGAUUCACCCCUAUUACGAUGCA